AUGUCGGUGUGCUCUUCCACAGGUUCACGCGCUUUCUCAUCUUCGCGGCUGGAUGAACACAUCCCGCAAACGAUGUCGUUCUUAUCGUUGAAUGACGAUGUCCUCGAGAUCAUCAUAUCCUUCAUACCCUCACCUGAUGCCUGGCGAUUGGCACAAACAUGUCGUUAUCUGUAUGAUGCCGCUGUCUGCCAGUACCUCUCCAUUGUGACCAUCAACAGCUGGCGGCAGCUUAUCGGAUUCUCUUCUUUUGUAUUGGCAGAACCAUCUCGCAAGCUCUACAUAAAGGCCCUUGAAGUUUCACUGCGUUACAGCCAGGAAUACUCUGAAUGCAUCCCUGCAUUUAUCGAAGUACUUCGUGGUGCGGGAUCUCUGAGGUCGCUGAGUAUUGAAGACGAGCAUGAUCUCCUCCGAUCUCUGCCGUCGCUCAGAAGCGCGUUGGCUGCCAUUCCAAACCUCGAGCGCAUCUCGUACUUCCGAGUGGGCUCAAAAUUCCUUGAAGUGCUGACACACAUGGUCAGUCGCCCGCGUUAUCUCAAGGUCUCCCUCUUUCCCUAUGACGACGAAGUGCCCUUCUGGCAUGCCCUGGAGAACCUGACUGGCUGUCUAGAGACACUUGAUUUCAGCCCCAUUCAGAGUCUAAAUCCUGGGAUUAAUAAUGUCUGGCCACAUGUGCACUCUCUGAGUGUUCGGCUCCAUGACGGGUGUAGGUCACUCUAUCACCUCGUACGCGCAUUCCCCAACGUCCGACGUUUUAAACUCAACUGUGGUGGCGUUUACGACACACGUCCUCAUUGGGCCUCCCUGGACGAGGUGGAGUCUAACUUCCCGUUUACGCUCUUCUCUCGCGUUCGCCGACUCCUCCUACAUGAGGACGACUUCGGUGAUCCAGAUGGAUUGUCGAAUAUGGUGCUCCACAUGCUUCGGCACACGUCACCCGUGGUGCUUUCAUUCAGCACAUGGCGUCCACGUCUUAUCCCACAUUUGCAAGACCUCACACCCAGGUUGAAGUAUUUGAAGGUCGUGACCCACGCAGACGCCGAUACCGAGCAUCAGCAGUCGCUCUCCAUCGCCCGAGACCUCCAUGGUCUUCAACUGACCGCGCUCUGUAUCUGCUAUCACAGCAGCUGGAUGACGGAACCGCAGUGUGAUCUCGCUCGCCUCCUGGGUCUCGCGCAGCAGGUUGCAGCGACGCUCCCGACGCUGGGAUAUGUUGGAUUUGACUCAUCGCUGGGAUGGAGAGAUGAAAGGCGUGUUCCGCGGUGGUUUUGCGUGGUGUCCCGCGAUGGCGAUGUUCCCCAACUCGACUUGCUCUCCCGAGGGCAAGGUGAGGAGUUGGAGCUGCGGCUUUACAAUCUAGGUAGCUCGUGA